CGAAAGGUUAGACUCCGUUUUACUACAACGCCGCGAAAGCGGUUAUCAAAUGGCGCCGUUGCCGGGGAAUGGCACGGUGAUUUCUUGAUUUUGAUUUUAGCAUGGGCGAAUUCAAGUUAGGGAGACUUUCUUUUUCUUUUUUUGUUUUGUUCUCACGUGUUUGCUUGAGAUUUCCUCAUGGAUUACUCAAGUGAACACUUUAAUUCUCAACCACCAUAUCACUAUCCAUACUAUGAACAACAAUCUUUUCAAAAUAAUCAAAAUGAAGGAUACUAUGGACAAGGUUAUGAGGAUAACAAUCAAUGGUGCGAAAAUCCACCUUUGGGGUAUGGAGAUUACCAAUUUCAAGAUAACUAUUUUCACCAAGGGCAAAACUUUGAAGGCUAUGAUGAUGUUUCCUAUCAAGUUAAUUAUCAUGAUGAUUUUAAUUAUCAUGAAAAUUACCAUGAAAGGAUGGAAAAUCAUUGCACCAGCACAAACGAGUACUCCUUCGAAAAUGACUCUGGAAUUUCAGCUUAUCCUCAACACGAGCUCGAAGAAUUAAAAUCGUCCUUACUUGAUUUUGUGGAAGACUUAAGAAAGACAAGGAUUGAACUAGCAUCUCAGGAUGAGAGUAUCAAGGAAUUGUUUGAAAAAAUCAUUUAUGACAACGACCACAAGGUUCAACAGGAGACAUACGAGGAGGGUGCUAAAUCUAAGGAGGAGGUUGCGGUAACCAUGGGCGAGAUGGUUGAAACUCUUCUCACCCCUAUUUCUUUCGAGCCUCUCAUUGCUACUGAGAGAGAGCCUAUCCUCGUAGAACUUAGUUCUCAAGAGCCCCAUAUGAAAGUGCCCAAUGAGGUUGAUGAAGAAAUCAUAGAUGAUGAGAUACUUUGUGAUGAGGAACCUACCCUACCAUCUAUGGAUGACCUCUCAUUUAAAAAGUCCCUGAAGGAUAGCCUUGAUGAUGAUUUUGAUCCUACACAAACCCAAGCGCCUGUUGAAAUAGUUGAUGAAACUUGUGAUGUGGAGGAAACAAUGCCCGAUGAUGCCUUCUUUGAUUCUCUACUUAAUGAUGAUGAGCAUAAUUGUGCUAGGCAAGGACUUGUUUGCCUAGAUGAUAUUUGUGGGAGUAGUGAGCGAAGUUGGGAUGGAUUUUUAGAGAGUGACACGGAGUUUGAAUUUUGUGUUGUAAAUGUCGAGGCCAUAGUUGAAGAAGAAGAAACCCAAAAGGAGGAGCCUACUCAUAAUGUUCUUACCAUGGUGGUCCCACUUGAGCGAUUUCAGGCACCUGAGGCCCCUGAUCCUGAAAUACUUGUUGAUUAUACUAAUGAGAGUGAUGCAGGAUAUGUGCUAAUUUCUUGUUCGAACGAUGUGUUCUUUGAAGAUUAUAUCACAUUUUGGUGGCCACGAGAGUUUGAGGGUCUACGCCAUCUGACGGCAUACCUGGAGGAUAAGGUGGAAGCACUAAUGAUGAGUGCCCCACAAUUGACAUGCA